UGAAGUUUCACACAAAACCUCUGCACCGUACGAUAAUGCGGAUUUGACGAAACGACAGUUAGUUAAGCCACAACGAAAGGUGUGGGUAGUUAUUUUCAGAUCAACUGUCAGUGUUAGUGGCGGAGGAGUGGUUGAUUAAACGUGCCAGUGGGGUACAGGACGUUCAAAAAGUAACUGCUCUUGUUAAAUAACUUCUGUGUCAUCUUUUUUAAUUCUGUUGAAACUGCAUUAAAAAUGAAUCUCUUGACAUGAAUUAAGUGUACAUUUACAGUACUAAAUAUUUCAUAAAUGAAUGUUUCGCAAACUAAGAUUAAUUCAAAUUUGAAUGGUACGCUGUAUUGGAUUUAUGUGGCAACUCAGAAGCGAUAGAAGAAAGCAAAGGCGUGAAGUUGUCAACUCUUUGACAUGUUUCGUUCAAGUACACGCUCUACUGGACACAGUUGAAAACAGCGACAUCGAUCUGUUAAGGGCAGUGCCACAUAUCGAGUAAUUUUGAAACUAAACGUUUGUUACAUUACCUUAAAUAGUUACUUUAUGUAGAAAAACUUGGUUAUAUGAUCCUGAAUGCAAGCUUUUGAAUGUCAAUUUAAAAAAAAAGUGUGUGUGAUAGAGACACAGUGAACUUGGUGCAAUUUAAAAUGUGAGAACUAUUUAGUAUCUAGAACUACGAUUGAUCGUAUUCAGAACUGAAGACUCUCAAGAGAAUAAAAUAAUUAUUUCUUCAAUCAGAAUCCUGCUAAGAUAAUUAACUGCAAGGGAAAAUUCUUUCCCUCCAGUGGUCGCUCUCUUUUUCUGCGUGCAUAUGGUGUGCAGCAUGAAAUGGAGUGGAACAGAACUGCGGAGUGCUGCCUUCAUGUUCCUCUGAGUGAACCCAAGUAGUGUGGUAGUUACGAGCACCUGUCCACCCCCACCCCUUAACCUGCCUGCGAGGGAUGUUGUGUGGCGAAUUCCUGAAUCGAAUAGGAGCUUCGCCUCUGAGCACUGUGAGUCUGCUGAGCAGCCCCGCAUUUGGUACUCGCAGCCCUUACUUCACCCUGCUCACCCUCUGCCAAGGGAUGGCAGCUCUUACGGCUAACCCCGCUACAGUGGACGACGAUGAUAUCUUCCUUGAAAACGGCCUACUAAGUUACGAAAAUCCGAAUUAUCAUCUGGACCCAGCGAGGUUGGAUGAUGCUCUGAACUCAAACACAGACCAGCUGUAUGACGAUCUGUACCACGAGUUGGAUGCUGUGUGCAAUUUGGCAGUAACCCGUGCAACUGGGAAACAGACUUCACAGGGUCCACAGCAAGGAUCAGCUGGAGGAGGUACGCCGGGCCGGAGAGGCUACGCGGCCCUUGACAUCGGCUCCAUGGGUGUGGACGUCACCACGGGACCAGUCACUAACUUGGACACUACCUCCACAACAGACACAGACAACCAUAACAACAGGAGCGGUGAAAGUUGUCUACAACACAGCAUUGACCCCACAUCGGGGGCCCUAGACAACAGCAAUUCAUUAUUUCACGACAACGCGAACCUCGGUGGAGGCGGUGGGGGUGGUGGCGGUAUGGGGCGGCGCCCACUCGACCUCACCUCCUCCUUGCGGGCCAAGCCCGACCUCAUCGAGACAGCGGAGCAACGUGCUAGCUCCAGGGACUCCAACAAUCUGUGUGAAAAGCCAGUAAACCUCAACACAGCAGGAGAUGGUGGCUCAGUACCUCACAUUGCGGGACAGUUAAAUAAUGACCUUUAUGCUGUUCCUGUAAAGCGUAGGCCACCCCCACAGCAAUCUUCAGUGUCAUCAAAUGGCGGUAGCAGCCCUAAGCACUCUGUCGGAUCCCCAAGCAGUGGCGAUCAGAGCAGCGAUCUUGAAAACUUACCGCCUGGCUGGGAGAAACACGAAGAUAAUGAUGGACCAUACUACUGGCACAUAAAGAGUGGCACUAUACAGAGAGAGCCACCUGCAGUGCCACCUAACAGCAGGACAGAACCUAGAAGGCCGCUAGUCAAGGAUGCAGAGGGUGUCCUCAACACUUAUCAGCAGACUGGAGACAGUGGAGUUGUUGCAACUGUUACCAGGAGCAACACCAGUUCAGCUCUUGAAGAGCUUGACGCUGGCAAGAAGAAGGAGGAACGAAAGGAAGAGAUUGCUUUUAAGAGACGUAGCUACCCAGCUCGUGCUGAACCAUCGGAAUCCAAAGGCUCAGAACGACCGAUUCGAUUUGCUGUGAGGUCACUAGGGUGGGUGGAGAUUGCUGAGGAAGAUCUUACACCAGAGAGGAGUAGCAAAGCUGUCAAUAAAUGCAUCGUGGACCUGUCGUUUGGACGUUUUGACUUGCUUGAUGUUGUAGGAAGAUGGGGUGACGGUAAAGAGUUAUUCAUGGACCUAGAUGAAGGUGCACUAAAACUCAUAGAUCCAGAGAACCUGACAGUCCUUAAUACUCAACCCAUUCACACAAUUCGUGUGUGGGGAGUUGGAAGAGACAAUGGCAGAGAGAGGGAUUUUGCAUAUGUGGCACGUGACCGCACAACCCGCAAGCACAUGUGCCAUGUGUUCCGCUGUGACAUGCCUGCCAGGACCAUAGCCAACACAUUGAGGGAUAUCUGCAAGAAGAUCAUGAUUGAGCGAAGCUUACAACAGAAUCUUGCCAAACCAAUUGAUAUCAUUGGUGGCAGUGGUUCUGGGGGAAGGUCAGGACUGGCCACACGUCCCACAAAUCUCCCCACAGAACACAGACGAUUCCAUCAUCGCAAUGGCCAGACAUUAGUCACCCAGUCAUUUCCAACUCCAAUGGAAGAGCCAAAGAAAGUUCUGCGGGCACAGUAUCUGGGCUCUACACAGGUGUCUCGGGCUACAGGAAUGGAUAUACUCAACGAUGCAAUUGACAAGCUAAUUUCCAGUGUGCCUACAGAGAAGUGGCAUUCAGUGAAUGUUGCUGUGGCUCCCUCCAUGAUAUCCAUACUGAACCCCUCGGAAGAAAACAAACUGGUAGCAGAAUGUCGUGUUCGCUACCUUUCCUUUUUAGGAAUUGGGCGCAACGUGAAACAGUGUGGUUUCAUUAUGCAUACUGCACAAGACCUGUUCAUUGCACAUGUGUUUCACUGUGAGCCUUCAUCAGGGGCCCUCUGCAAAACAGUGGAAGCUGCCUGCAAGUUACGAUACCAGAAGUGCUUGGAUGCACAUCCACAGGGGUUGGGUCGUAACCAGAGUAAUGUCCAGACACCUGGUGGUGGCACCAAGGGAUUAGGAGCGACUCUAAAAUCUUUCGUUGGGUCCCUCACUGGGCGUGGCAGCAACAGGCAGUUCAAGGGGUCAAGUGAAUCCUGAGAGGAGGCCCUCUCUCUGCAGGAGCUGUGGCCACUCCCUGCGGAGCGAGAGGUGAUCAGACACCGUCACCUCCAGUCACCACUCACACUGAAGUACUUUAACACCAGCAACAGUAGCAGCACCCUCCGGUCACUCUUGUCCCCAACCCUGGACAGUCGGCGAGUGUCUCCUCUGCGGUGGGACUAGGAACCAUUAUGCAGCAAUGUGGCUCCACUCUGCUAGGAUCAAGUCAUGGACAUCUUUGUAUUCUGAGUAAUCUCAGUGCACUGUUUUCCUGUUGUUUCUGCAGCACACAGGUCAUGUUUACUGAAACUUCAGCAUGACUGGAAGGCAGCAGAUUAUAACAGGUGAUCCCGUGUGGCAGUACGUAUUCAUAUACAUCUUGUUUGGAAAAUGCAGUGAGUGCAUCCUUCCCUAUGGAUCUGAAGUACAAGAGCAACUUGAUAGCAGACUGACAGCAGCAGCAAAUAAGUGACAGAUUGAAUGCAGGUGACAUUUGGAGAAAGAGAAUGAAGCUGGUGUAAAACAUCUUCACUUCAUUCAAUAUAUGUAAUAUAGAUGAUGAUCCAGAAGUGUACACCUUGUUUACUGACAUAUACUGUGCAUUCCUCUAUUUUGAAUGAAGGAUAUUGCAUCAUUUCCAUGACUGUUUCUGAAAAAUGAAACUAAAUAAAGAUGUGGUUGAAAGAUGUUGUAUGGGAGCAAUUCAUUGUUAUUUAUAAAUAUGUAAACAUGUAAUGAGUGUGUAGUAUAUGUGAGUGAGUGGGGUAAGUACUUGUAGCAUAAGGGAAGUGACUUAGUCAAAUCGUAAGGCCAGCUACAAGCUGUAGUACUAGAAGGGUGGAUUCAGUCAUCAAGAUGUGAAUCAGUUCUAGAGACCAUGAAUAGAAUCUCACUAAUUGUUUUCUUUGCUUCUGAUGUAGGAUGCAAAGACUGUCAUCAUUAUGAUACAUCAGAAGAGACCUGUAUCAUCAGCAGUGGGUAUAUCAUGAUUAUGUAAUAUAUCCAAUAACGAAAUAUAUGCCCACUGAAAAAUUGUUUGAAGAAUAGCUUCAGAUUAUAUUAAUUUCAGUCGCUGAAAUGAUAAGUCAUUACUGUAUGUGUGGAAGUGUUACCAUAAAAUAUUCUUCAGCAUUUUUAAAAAAUAAAUUAUAUAUUUUAUAUUUAUUUGCUGUAGUAGAAUUAGUGUUCAUAAUUAGAAGUAUGAAAUCAUUGCAAGGAAUGAAACAGCAAUGCAAAGUAUGUCAUGAAAUGCUUCGAAUAUAAGGACAUCUUGAAAUCCUUCACAUUUAGAGAGCAGUGUGAAUUUAUACACCGAGAUGAACUGAUACAGCUGGAGACCAUGAUAUGUCUCCAGUAGACAUUGCGAGUCUUUGCGAGUGUUGCAUAUUGUAUUAUACGUGCAUGCAUGUGCAUGCAUGUAAGUACCAAAUUAUUAGAUGUAUAAUAUCGAUGUUGGUGUGAGGGAGUCGUAUCUUCCCACAUUAAAUGUUGCUGACAAAUUUUUUUUAAAGUUCACAGUGUUGCUUACUCAAGCAGUGAUAUUUCUAUAUAUAUAUAUAAUCCAUGUUGUAUAGCCCACUGAGUUGCACAGAUUAGGACAGAACUAUUGUUCUGUAUGGAAGUUUUGUAAGGAUGAACAUGGCAGGCACUUUAAAUUAUUUCUUGCCAUUAAGAGAAUGGUGUAACAUGGACAUAAUUUUCCAGCUGAUUGGAAAGACACAUUUUUUUAGUGUAAUUUUCAUGAAUUGGUAUGACAGUUUAUGUAGCUUAAUGGACCAAUAAGGGCAAUCAAGAAAUGGAAAAUAUGUUUAAAAAUAUAUGCUGUUUGAAUUUCAGGUAAGAAACUGGUUCAUUGCCAAUAAUGCAUGACAAAAGACUGUUCUUGUUGGGGACCUGCGGCUGAGCUAACACUGCACAUUUGUUAUGAUGCUGUGUCGAUGUUUUUAGACCAGCGUGUAUAAAACUUUUGAAACAUUCCCUGAUAGAACUACUUAUUUGUAUGGUUUACUUCUCAAAUGAAGUAAUGGUCCUGACAGGUGGUCAGCAUUAUUAGCAUGGUAUGGUGAUUAUGAAUGAGAUCAAGCAGUGUGUUUCACAUCUGAUCAUUGUGUAUCUACUCCUCUUUUCCACCUCAGAUAUUGUCAGAAACUGGAUGAACUCAUGGAUAUGCUGUGUGUCCAUACCUCAAAAGCUUACCAUAACAAUCAUGGAGCAAUUGAAAUAGGCCUGUUAGCUGAUGAUUGUAGUUUCUGCCAUAAGAAAUAGUAUUGUCUUACAGUGACCAGUUUAUGUUGGUCUGUUGUAGUCUUAUCAUAUAAAAGAGAAAUCAAAUGGGAUGGCACAGUUAGUGUAAAUUGAAUUUUCUAAAAUUAAUUUCUGUAUUACUUGUCAGUGAUAUUCACUCAUUUACUCGCUCACUGUCAGCCCCACGAGCACGUUCUAUAGCUAUGUAAUAGUGUCAGAGCUAUUGUAUUUGUACAUAGCAUUAUACCAGUUGUAUGAUGUGGUGUCUCCAUAACUGGGUGUUAAUAACUUAGUAAAAACAAAGUUUGGCAGCAUUUGCUCGCUUGCUCAGCACAAAUAUCUGCAGCUUUCCCAGCAGUAAGCUCAUGACAUUGCAAUCAUGGUAACUUUUGCUUAUGAAUGACAUGUGAAAAGUGGAUAUUUUGGGGGCAGAAUGUCAGUGGAGGGAACAAUAAUCAAGUACUUGUCAUUUCCAUAGUAAAUGUAGACAUACAAUAUUGUUAUUUAUUUUCAAAUAAUGCUUUUAAGAGAAGAAUAUGUUUCAAGAAAAGUGGGGUAUCCAAAAUAUUGUUCUGAAGUGUUCAAUUUGGGACACAAUGAUGUUGGCAAGGCAUCUACUGUACUACGUAAAUCUUGUGCUUUUCUCCCUGUCUGAGCAACAGCUUGGAGCAUCAUUACAUCAGUACAUCCAACCAUUGCAACUUGACAGACAACUGUUGUCCCCAAACUUAUGUUUCAAUGAUCUCUGAACUGUUAACUACUCCAAUUCUCUAUCUGUCUGUGUGUUUUGACUGAAGAAUUUUCUUGUGAUAUAUCGGUGAACAAUUGAACUCAGAUUCAACAAGUCAUACCCCACAAGAUUUGAAUGUGCAGUUGUACCUCAAGAGCCUUGAAUUGGUAUAAGAGAAAAGUAUGAGCAUGAGCAUUAGCUGGUGAGUAGAGUGGUUUUGUGGAAAUAGACUGGUGAGUAUAAAUCUGGUGACACCUGUCACUUCAUUACAUGUUAUUUUUUUUUUAUUAAUUUCCAUUGUUAGCAAUGUUUGGGACACGUGGGUUCCUACUUUAGUCCAGUUUAACCUGUAUCAUUUUGCAAUAGGGGAUUUGAAUCUGUUGCUGAUAUGAUGCUGGUAGCUGGAUUCUGACAUGGCAGAGAUGGGCCUUAUUUAUAUUGUAAACAGUGUGACAUCAGGCAUGCCAGGGCUUGGUGAACCCAUGGAUAGUUGAUGCACUGAUGAUGAAUUUACUAUGAGUGGAAUCCUACUUCCAGUCAUCCAUGCCUUCAGAACUCAGUCAUUUUUAAAGUAAAAUUUACCUUACCAGAUGUAUAAUGAAACAGAAGCCAGUUUUACAUGAGAAGAACUGAGAAUGGAAAAAUGUUUUUAAAAUUAAAAAAAAAUGUUGGAAGAUUGCUGGGUGUGUAGUAGUAUAUACCAGUGGUUCUCAACCUUUGUCAGAUUACAGCUUGAUAAAUUCUUUUCUCUAUAAGACGAGGGUCCAGUAUAAUUGAUGCCAGGGCCUGGUACUGGGCUGUGGCCCAGUGGUUGAAAAACACCGGUUUAUACCUUUCCUUUACAUAAGAUACAUUCAUAGUUAGUCAGGUUGCAAUGGGUGGAACAAUGGUUGAAUGGACAGAUGGAUGAAUGUAUGUAUGGAUAAUUUUACAUACGUUUGGAUAACAGGAAAUGUUAGAAUGGGUGAAUUCAUUUUCUAAAUAAAAGUCAGAACCUAGAAUUUAGAGUAACUUGGAAGAAUGAUAUUGAACAAGGAGGGACAGAUUUAUGUGUAACUGCCUUUCUCAAAAAUUUUAUGUUCUUACAGAAACAAUUUUUUGUGGCAUUUUAUCAGAGUGGUAUUUCUAAUGAGAAGCAAGUUCAAAGUAAUUGUGUCAUUACUCUGUUGUUGCAUAUCAGUGUGUAAAUCUGAGAACUUAUGAAAGAUGACACACACAGAAUUUAAAAUCUGAGAUGUAGUCAAUGAUGAAACACAGUUUGGUCAUCAGAUUUUUUCGAGGAUUUGCAAACAGUAAUACCAUAUUUAGAAUUAUUUAAAAUUUCUUCAACUCAAUAUAUAAAUCUGGUUAACAUACUCAAAUAUUUUCCACUCAUCUCCAUAUCAUGCCAAAUGCAUGGACCAUACACACUCAUAUUUUAUCAUGGUGUGAUAAUUAAGCAUAGAAACAGUUUUACCUUUGCUGUAGGCAAUGUUAUUGCAUGAUUUACAGAAGAAAAAUUUACUUUGAGUUCAUAUCUCUAUAUAGAGUUAUUCCUUCUGUAAAAUCAUCAUAAUGAGCUUUAGUGUCAUCAUGACACUUAUUAAAGAUUAAAUUUAUGCUAUUAUUUAGAGUUUUUUUGUAAUCACAUUUGUAUGAAAGUAAUGUAUGUCAUGAUAGUGUCACUUGAUUAGGCACUAGUUUCUUAUUGCAGAACCCCUUGUUCAGUUGUAGGUGACUUUUUGUGAAAUUCAUGUUGGUUGAAGUGGUACAGGAGCAGGUUUUUCUCUGGGUUUAUUUAGUUUUACAGUCCAGAUCAUUUUGCCAUUGCUCGAUACUUAUCUACCACUGCCCCCUCAGGUGUGUAAUAGCCCUGACUAAUCAUCAUGUAAUCAUAUGCUUGGCUUUAACCCUUUCCAGUACAUUGAACAUGAAGUUGUUUCGUGGGUCCCUUAACAAGAAUAUGAAUGGCUUCCAACAUCUGUUGGAAAAGAAAUACUAACACCAGGUCAAACUACUCUGACUCUUGUAGAUUUCAUGAUCAUAUGAUACAAGCACACUGAGUGUAUUAUAGGGCUGUGGAGGGAAAAUACCAAUGAUGCACCCAGUGCACCUGUCAACUGGAAAGGGUUAAGUCUGGGGCUUCAUCUCUGACGUGGCACCCCACUGGUUAUGGAGUAAGGAAGUUGCAUUUUUACUUUCAGUUCAUUGGACAAGUUAAUUGUGUGAUGUGAUGUGAUGUGUAUUCAGUCUUGUCACAAACAGAACUUAGAGACAUCAGUAAUUACUGCACACAGAAAUACAACUUGUAAUCCAAGUUUCUGUUGAGAUAGCAUUUUACAGAUUUUGUUUUCCUGUGAACUAUAUGUGCGGCAAAGUGUUUGUGUCACAGCUGAAUUGUUGUAUGGUUAGUAUAAACUUCAUACUAUGGUUAUGCCUUUCAUUUUGAUGUAUUGUAUAUACAGCUCACACUGACAUGGAAAUGAUCACAUUUACAACAAAAUGUUUGAGAGUACACAGUUAUGAAAUAUACUUGCUGGUCACAGUGUA